AUGAUGCAAAAUACGAGAAUUCAGUAUUUAGCAGCGUUUGCUGUGUCUUUGGCGACCAUGACAAACAGUGUUGCCUACUUCUGGAUGACUCCAAUGUUGCCAAAGUUUUAUGACAACGAUACAAGCAUGAUUAGAAUCACACCAGAUGAGAUUUCAUGGGUAGCUGCAUCCAUAUACCUCGGGACGAUCGCUGGUAGCGUGCUGACCACUAGUAUUUCUGACAGGUUCGGCAGACGUACCACAUUGCUGUGUAGUGCCGCACCAUAUAUAGUUGGAACAGUUUUCAUAUUAUGUGCAUCAGACGUCUGGCUGUUAUACAUCGGAAGAUUCUUGUGGGCUUGCAGGAGAAUACCUGAAACCCCUUACUUUUUAAUUAAAGUGGGUAGGGUAGAUGCUGCCAGAAGAGAGCUGCUGAGUCUGUCUGGAAGUAAGGAUGAAAGGGCGAUUGAUGAAAAGUUGUCGGUUAUGAGAUCCGAAAUUAGAAUGGAAGCGCUCCGUUCCAGCUCUGCUUAUGAGCUGAUAACUGGAAAACAAUACAGGAAAGCCGUCAUAGUAACAGCCGGGAUGCUAUUGACUCAAACAAUGGCUGGUUCGAUACCUAUACAGCAAUAUUUCGGGCACAUUGUACAGGAGAGCAAUGAUGAAAUGGAAGUAUCGACAACCCUAAUAAUUUUUGGAGUAGUAUGUUUUAGUGUUGAGAUAUCCACUGAACCUGAAAAGGACAAACGGGUAGAACUAGUAGUAAGUUUGAAAGGAAGACAAGUGCAGUAUUUAGUGGCAUUCGCUGUAUCGCUGGCAGCACUUUCAAGUGGAGUCAAUCUAAUGUGGACAACACCAAUAAUUCCAAAGUUUCAUAAUAACGAGACGAAUAUAGUUGUUACAGACGACCAAAUAUCAUGGAUAGCUGCUAUGUCGUCUCCCGGUUUCAUGACCGGGAGCUUGCUCACCAGGUUCAUAUCAGAUAGAUUUGGGAGGAAAACCAAUAUAUUGCUCAGUGCAUUGCCUAUUGUCACUGGAACGGUUAUUCUCCUAAACACCUCAAGUGCUUGGUGGAUUUGUGUCACUAGAUUCAUUUGGGGCACAGGAUCAGGUAUGAUUAGCACUGUAUCAGCAGCCUAUUUAGUAGAAAUAUCGGAUAAGGACAUCAGAGGCAUGUUGACUGCCUCAUUCCGGUUCAUGGUGACGUUCGGCAGUAUCCUGGUCAUAGCAGUUGGUUCUCUUGUCUCCUACGACACUCUGAACUACAUGCUCAUAGCUAUACCGAUGUGCUACUUCAUGGCCUGUUCCUGUAUACCCGAAUCUCCUUAUUAUUACCUCAAAGAUGAAAAGGUUGAUGCCGCGAGAAGGUCGCUGAUGAAGUUGAGCGGGAAUAAGGAUGAAGUGGUGCUAGAAGAAAGAUUAUCAGCAAUGAGGUCUGAUGUUAGAUUGGAAAUGUUGCGAUCAAGUUCACUUAAAGAGCUGUUUACUGGAAAACAAUACCGACGGGCGUUAGUUAUUGGAACAGUUUUGAAACUGACUCAAGUCAUGGCUGGAACGAUAGCACUUCAGCAAUACGUGGGUCGGAUCGUCCAGGAAAGUACGACAAGCAUCAGUAUAUCCACAGUACUGAUGAUCUUUGGAGCUGUGAGAUUAGUUGUUGGCUUAUUAUCCUUAAUAAUAGUGGACAGGAUAGGAAGGCGUCCGUUAUUACUGUACUCCUUCGUCAGUUCUGCGUCAGUUCUCGCUACAGUCGGCGCUUACUUCCUGAUUCUCCCUAACUCAUCUCCAUACUUCACUUAUAUCCCUUUCAUUGGCAUCACAUUAUCCAACACAAUAGCAAUCCUGGGCUAUGACACCCUAGUCUUUAUCAUCCCAGCAGAAAUAUUCCCUUUAAACGUCAAAUCAGUAGCUUUGACAUAUUUCAACAUGUUGGGUGGUAUAACAAACUUCCUCUCAGUCAAAGGCUUCCAAGAAAUCAAAGACCUGGCUGGGCUUACAGGAGUCUUCUGGUUUUAUACAAUCACUUGUAUAAUUGGAGCUGUCUUCACGUAUUUCAUGGUCCCAGAGACUAAGGGCAAGAGCUUAAGAGAGAUCCAGAUUGAAUUGCAAGGACGUUAUUAUGAUGAGGCUAAUGAAAAGUUGAAUAAACUGAUGCCACUCGAAGAUAUUAAGUCAAAUAGUUUGAAAGGGGAUAUAGUAAUAAAAACCCAAGAAAAGUUGACCCAAAAUGGAAGUUAACGAAUGAAUUUAUUUAUUUUUAGCACGAAUUUAGGUAAAUGAAAUUUUAUGUGUAAAGGAUGUUUCCGUCUAUGCUACCGCAGGCUAAGACUGCUUAUUAUGAACUAAGUACAUCACUGCCACGAAUAUAUGUAUUUUACGUUAGAUUUUAAAUAUAAUAAUGCUACCUUAAUAAACAUGCAAUUAAUCAUUUUAU